CAAACCCCUUAACAACGAAACCAGUUACUGCUUCCACACGGCAGUUUCCACCUUGAAUGCAUCACACAGUACUGUACUGCCUUGACAAGGCUCUUCAUCACAUAACCAUUAAGGACACGCGAAGGCUCGUAUAAUUGUUGAAGAAGAUAAUGUCCGAGAAGGACCUUAAAACAUCGCAGGACCUGACUGUUGUGGUACAGACAUUGCUGCAGCAGAUGCAGGACAAGUUCCAGACCAUGUCAGACCAGAUUAUUGGGCGAAUUGAUGAGAUGAGUACGCGAAUCGAUGACCUGGAGAAGAACAUCUCUGAUCUCAUGACUCAGGCAGGUGUGGAGGAGUUAGAGGAGGAGAUAAAAGUCACUGAAACCUCUGGAACAGCUUGAAGGCAACGACCAACACCAUCUUAACUGCCAAGGAACACAGUGAGGACCUUCUACUGCAGAAUCAGAAUUUUUAAAUGAAAUGUGAAUGAAUCCUUUUUUAAGUAAUUCAUUAAAAAUGGUGCUUGCCUAUGUGUAUUACAUAUUAUAUUACAUAUUGUAGGGGUAACAAUUAUAUUACUGGACAAAAGAUUCAGAUAUUAAAACUUUCUUUUGUAUUUAUUCAUUCUAAUGACAGGAGGAAAUCAUGUGGUUCCUGCAUGUUUUGCUGAUUAUUAAAAACACCAUGAAAUGA